AAAUAGUUUCACUUAAAAAUAAAUUAAAAAUAUAAUGUGAAAAAAAUGAGAGUGCGAAGGACUGCAAAUAAAAGCUCUACCUAGACCGUAUUGACAAAUCGUCAAAUAUGAUUUUGUCCUUUGGUCCACAGGGCGCGCUCCAGUCCCGCUUCUUCUGUCUCCUCGCUGGGUCGCCCCUUGACCCAUGAUAGUUCGGAUCCGGGCUUCAUUAAAACGACGCGUUUUAAGGAGAGAGUUCGCUUAGACCUUUGAAAGCAAUUAUCAGUUUGAUGUGUUUUUAGUUCAAUUGAGCGAUCUAUCUAAACAUCAUCUCCAUUUGCAUUUUGGGAAAAAUUUCUCGUUUUCUUUCUUUAAUUUGAACCUUUUUUAAGUAAAGAUUUCUUGAUACGUUUUAGCAAUCGGGAAAACCUAAUUGUUUCUCAAUCGUACUUGCUCUUAAUUUUGGAAUAAUCAUUGCCGUCUGUCCGUGGAGGACGUCCGCCAGAAAAUCAACGGCAGAGAGAGAGAGAGUGGUGACGGUUAAGGAUGGAUCAAGGGAGACAAGUGUUCGCAGCAGAUCUUCUAGAGAGAUAUGCGGCGAAAGGCCGCGGCGUGAUUACGUGUAUGGCAGCUGGAAAUGAUGUGAUUGUGUUGGGAACAAGUAAAGGAUGGGUUAUCAGACAUGAUUUUGGGGUUGGAGAUUCUUAUGACAUUGAUCUCUCUGCGGGCCGACCUGGGGAGCAAUCGAUCCAUAGAGUUUUUGUUGAUCCUGGGGGCAGCCAUUGUAUUGCCACUAUUGUGGGCAGUGGAGGUGCUGAUACAUUCUACACUCAUGCAAAGUGGACCAAGCCACGUAUAUUAAGCAGACUGAAAGGUCUAGUUGUCAAUGCUGUUGCCUGGAAUAGGCAACAGAUAACUGAAGCUGCUACAAGGGAAGUUAUUCUCGGUACAGACAAUGGCCAAUUGUAUGAAAUUGCUGUGGAUGAGAAGGACAAGAGGGAGAAGUAUAUAAAGCCUUUAUUUGAAUUAGCAGAACUUCCGGAGGCUAUCAUGGGCUUGCAAAUGGAAACAGCUAUAUUGAACAGUGGAACUAGAUAUUAUGUGAUGGCUGUUACUCCCACAAGACUUUAUUCUUUCACUGGAAUUGGAUCACUGGAGACUGUUUUUGCCAGCUACUUGGAUCGUGCUGUGCAUUUCAUGGAACUUCCUGGUGAAAUACCAAACAGUGAAUUGCAUUUCUUUAUCAAGCAAAGAAGAGCUGUUCAUUUUGCAUGGCUUUCUGGAGCAGGUAUCUAUCAUGGUGGCCUAAAUUUUGGAUCACAGCAUAGUUCUCCAAAUGGUGAUGAGAACUUUGUGGAGAAUAAGGCUCUCCUGGACUACACAAAGUUGUCUAAUGGUGCGGAAGUGGUCAAACCCAGUUCCAUGGCAGUGUCCGAAUUUCAUUUCUUGCUUCUUAUUGGGAAUAAGGUUAAGGUUGUAAACAGAAUCAGUGAGCAAAUCAUUGAGGAACUUCAGUUUGAUCAGGCAUCGGACUCUAGUUCAAGAGGAAUUAUUGGACUAUGUAGUGAUGCAACAGCAGGGUUGUUCUAUGCAUAUGACCAGAACUCUAUCUUUCAGGUUUCUGUGAAUGAUGAAGGACGAGAUAUGUGGAAGGUCUAUCUAGAUUUGAAAGAGUAUGCUGCAGCUUUAGCUAAUUCUCGUGACCCGCUCCAGAGAGACCAAGUAUAUUUAGUUCAGGCUGAAGCUGCAUUCACCUCCAGGGACUUCCUCAGGGCAGCAUCUUUUUAUGCAAAAAUUAACUAUAUAUUAUCAUUUGAGGAGAUAACUUUGAAGUUUAUCAGUGUCAGUGAACAGGAUGCUUUGAGAACUUUCUUAUUACGGAAGCUUGACAACCUUGCAAAGGAUGACAAAUGCCAAAUAACAAUGAUUUCUACGUGGGCAACAGAACUGUACCUGGACAAGAUAAAUCGGCUUCUUUUAGAAGAUGACACAGCUUUGGAGAAUCGUAAUUCAGAAUAUCAGUCAAUCAUUAAAGAGUUUCGUGCUUUCCUUAGUGACUGCAAAGAUGUGUUAGAUGAGGUGACUACAAUGAGACUUCUAGAGAGCUAUGGGAGGGUUGAAGAAUUAGUAUAUUUCGCUGGUCUGAAGGGACAAUAUGAAAUUGUUGUUCACUACUAUAUUCAGCAAGGAGAAGCAAAGAAGGCAUUGGAAGUGCUUCGAAAACCUGCUGUUCCAAUAGAUCUUCAGUACAAGUUUGCCCCAGAUCUUGUUACUCUUGAUGCAUACGAAACUGUGGAGUCAUGGAUGGCCUCAAACAAUCUGAACCCAAGGAAACUUAUUCCUGCUAUGAUGCGUUAUUCAAAUGAACCUCAUGCAAAGAAUGAAACCCAUGAAGUAAUUAAAUACUUGGAAUUCUGUGUUCAUCGUUUGCAUAAUGAGGACCCAGGAAUCCACAACUUGUUGCUCUCUUUGUAUGCUAAGCAGGAAGAUGAUAGUUCCCUUUUGCGAUUCCUGCAAUGUAAAUUUGGAAAAGGGCGAGAGAAUGGUCCUGAUUUCUUUUACGAUCCUAAGUAUGCCCUGCGCCUCUGCCUCAAGGAAAAACGAAUGCGUGCCUGUGUUCAUAUAUACGGCAUGAUGUCAAUGCAUGAGGAAGCUGUUGCUCUUGCUCUCCAGGUUGAUCCAGAGCUUGCAAUGGCUGAAGCUGACAAGGUUGAAGAUGAUGAAGACUUGAGAAAGAAGCUUUGGCUGAUGGUUGCCAAGCAUGUUAUUGAGCAGGAAAAGGGUACUAAGAGGGAGAAUAUAAGAAAGGCAAUAGCAUUUCUUAAGGAAACAGAUGGCCUAUUAAAGAUAGAGGACAUAUUGCCAUUCUUUCCUGACUUUGCCCUAAUUGAUGACUUCAAGGAGGCAAUUUGCUCCUCACUGGAGGAUUACAACAAGCAAAUUGAGCAACUAAAGCAGGAGAUGAAUGAUGCGACACAUGGUGCAGACAACAUUAGAAAUGAUAUUAGUGCAUUAGCUCAAAGAUAUGCGGUGAUUGACCGUGAUGAGGAAUGUGGGGUCUGUAGACGUAAAAUUUUGGCUGUUGGUGGGGAUUAUAGAAUGGCUCGUGGUUAUACAGCUGUAGGACCAAUGGCUCCUUUCUAUGUCUUUCCAUGUGGACAUUCCUUUCAUGCCCAUUGCCUGAUUGCUCAUGUGACACGUUGCACCAAUGAAUCUCAAGCGGAAUAUAUACUGGAUUUGCAGAAGCAAGUAACCUUACUUGGUAGUGAAGCUAGAAGGGAAUCAAAUGGAGGUAUGACAGAUGAAUCCAUAACCAGCAUGAACCCUGCAGAUAAGCUCCGAUCCCAGUUAGAUGAUGCAGUGGCGAGCGAAUGCCCAUUUUGUGGUGACUUAAUGAUCCGUGAAAUCUCUUUGCCUUUUGUGCUGCCAGAGGAAGCCCAGCAGGUUACUUCAUGGGAGAUAAAACCGCAAAACCUUGGAAACCAAAGGAGCUUUUCUUUGCCUGUUUGAUUAGAUUAUGGUGUGCAUUGUGUGCCAGUGCAUCUGCAAGGACCCAUCCGCUUGGGCCGGUUACCUAGUUUUUUCUUCUCUCUUAUUUUCUUUACCUUCUAGCAACAGUCGAGUCUCAAAGAAUGAUGCCUCAUAUAACUUAUUUGUGUAAUUUCUGGGCUUUUUUUCCCCUUUUUCCUCUUCAAGUAUAUCAGUAUCAUUUGUGCUUCCCUCCCCCAUCCCCCUCUUGGCCCUUUUUCCCUUUUAAGUUGCUUUCCCUCUGUUCAUCUGGGAAUUGGGUUCCUAUAACACUGUAAUCAGCCAAUGCUUGUUAUUUGUUAUCAAUGCAUCUUCCAAUAAUUUCCAUCUGUGUAACUAGCUCAUUUCCCAGCUUUAAGCAUGUGAGGUCAGCUGAUGAAUGAUUUUUCUCAUGACCAAAAAGGAAAGAUAUAUGUGAGCCAUGUGACUUUGUUUGAUAAAGGCAUGUUUUGUAGUAAAAUCUAAAGCUUAUUUUCUAGGUCAGUUCCAAGGUUUGUUGCACAGUCGAAUGGUUAUUGGACGUUUAUAUUUUCCCCUGGUUAAUUCUAAGAUUUGGUCACAUGGAAGAAAAUUUUGGUUUUGAUCACAUUUACUAGAUAUUUUCUUUUACCAAUAAUUCUUUAUUAUCUGCG